AUGGCUUCUCAAUUCUUCAAAAUGAUGCGCUCUCUCUUCUACCAGCAAUCGACAAAGCAAGAAAAGGCAAACUCGUUUCAUACGAUCAACGGCGUCUUCGGCGACUGGGCAACAUCCGCUGUUGAAGACGUGCCACCUCCAUACACUGAGUCGCCAGAGGGAAAGACCCACUUCCAGGACGAAAAAGAUAUCCUUCCUCCACCAUUUGCAGGCCCUUGCCUCCAGAUCUGUCCACACGAGGCGCUAUCGUUUGAGGAUCUGAAGAACACAAUCAGUUCUACCGCGAUGAAGAACCACGGCGAGAUUGUUGACGCGUUAACACUGGGUUGUCAUGAGCCCCGUAGCCAAUUCGACCUGGCCGCUGUGGAUCCCAAACACGUCUGCGUAUCAUCUCCUAGCUCACUACGAGGCUUCGGCACUUAUGCCUCCCAUGUUGGCAAGGAACCUGCACGCGCUCCUGGUAUCAUGCUUUCCUUCCAAUGGGAUCUGGGAUGGCUCGAUGGUGUCAGGGCCCAGGUGGAAACUGCAGCAGAGCUUCAGCAGUUCUUGAAUGCGGAUGGCAUCUGGCUUUGCCCGCAUAAACGGAUCAAUGAUUCUGAUAUUGUCAAUGCCAUCUAUGGCUUCGUCAAAAGGCCGUUGGGACGGGAGGUUUUGACUGGAUGUGAUUCUUGCGAUACCGAGAUUACGAUUCUUGCGAGGAGGGAGGGGAAUGAUGAGACGUGCCGCGUGACGACAAGGAGGUAUUUGGGCGCGGUGGAGACGCCAGAUGACCCAAUCUGGCUGGCUCAGUGCGGUGUAUGA